CCAUGAUCCUUGUGGGUCCCUUCCAGCUCGGGAUGUUCUGUGAUCCCCUAAAUCUCUGCUGUGACAGGGUGGCCGGGAGUUUGCCUCACACCCGGUGCUGAGCAAAACAGAGUUCUCACCAGAAAAGAAUGUUUUGGCCCAAUUCUGCAACAGCCCUGAGCACAUCCCUUAGGAAAAGGCCGCUCAGGCAGUGGCUGCUUCCCCCCCUUCGGCAUCCCCAGCUUUUGUGCCCCGGGGUGUUGACUCCAGCAGGUCUCAGUGCUCCAAACUCUCCUAGGGGGGCUCAGCAAUGAAAUAAAGCCACAGAAACAGCAGCAAAACACUAUUUCCCCAGGGGCUGAUGCCCAGUUGGAGUACUCUCCCCUGGAUUGCCCCAUAGCUAAAAUCAAGGGCACCAGGAAACAGCCCUUAAAUCAGCAAUCUUCUGCCAGCUGUCACCCAGGAAUCAGGCCCUACCACCCUCCCCCUCCUCCAGCCGUGGGGGAUCCUGGGGGACAUGAGGAAGGAGCUCUUUGCCCAGCAGCUGAUGUUUGCAGGACAUAAAUCAAGGAUCAAAUCCUUGCCGAGAGGAUAUCCCAGACAGAUUGCAGGCCGGGAUUAACUGAAUCACACUCUCCCUUUGUAAAUUCUGGGUGAAUUUUAACCAUCCAUGAAUUUUACUGCUUGGACAUCCGGCUGUACAAAUCCAUUCACACAGAGCUCCAAGUGCUGAUGCUUUGGCUCAGAUACUGCACCCCCUCAGAGCAUUGCAAUAAGCUGGGCUGCAAAAGUUGUGGUUUUCAUACUGUGAAACAAAAUCCACAUCUCCCCAGGAGGCAUUUGGCUUGGGGGGGCUUAUUUCCCAUUUGAAGGAGGGAUCCUGCAAACCUGCAACACGUAGAGGGGCUGGGAUGGAGAGGCUUUCACUGGAGCUCAGCCAACUUGGUGCACAAGAAUAUCCCUUAUUCCCCUGCGAUAAAACUGGUUGUGGACUUGGAAAAUCCUGAAUGAUGGCAAAUGGCAAAUCCUGGUUUAGCCAAUUAACUCAACACCAUCCCAGGGGACUACUUAAAUUAGCCCAGAGAGCUGAUGAGGCAAAGGGCCCAUGCCAGAGGGGGGAAGAGAUUUUGCUGAGCCAAGUUCCCUUUUCUCAGCAUCUCUCUGAUUCUCACACAAGUCACAUCCUUGUUCCCUGCCUCAGUUUCCCUACCAGCCCCGGGGGGGAUUUCCUCCCCUGCCUCAGUGCCUGCCCAUGCUGGGGUUCCCCAAAAAGCAGCACAGAGCACCUGCAAUCUCUGCCAGAAGGAAUCUGCUAAAUCGUUGUUCAGUACCACCGAUUUGAGAUUCUCACGACACAAGCAGCCUCUUUUUUCCCCGCCUUCCAUCAUACACCACUUGCGUUUUUUCUGCCCUGCCACUUGCCUUAUUUUGCUUCUAAAUAAAGGUGAACCACACACCUCAUGCCACGAGGUUUUUGAGAGCAAAACUCAGUGCCCAGCACAUACGGGGAGAGGGAUGGAGCAUCCCCAAAUGCAGGGGGCAUCUGGGCACUGAGAAAGAGCUGGGCAGAGGCCAUGUAUGGUGGUUUUCUUGAUAGUGGGGGGAAUUCCCAGCCAUUCUGGGGAUUGUGGGAUCUUCCUCCACUCCCCAGGCUGCAUCUCACCCACUCUGGUAAGUCGAGAGUGGAGGAUGCUUUGCACUGGCUGCAUUUUCUCCCUGCCCAGGUAAGUCAAGAUGGAAACAGUAAGACACAGAACGGUGUUUUCUAGCCAAGACAUCAAAAAACUCUCAUUCAGCAAGAAAGUGGAUCAUGGAAUCACAGACCCCUCGACAGUCUCAUUCCACCCCCUGCCAUGGGAAGGGACACCUUGCACUAAGGGGUUCCUGUUCUCCCUCAAGUUCUCCCAUUUUGCUCAGGGAAGCUCCGGGAAUGCUGAGACACCCAGAGCCAUGCACAGACUCGACCCCAGGCUGCCCCACGUAUCCAAAACCUCCCUGACAAGAGCUUCACUAUGUGAGGCAUCCCACAGCCAGGGCCCCCAGCAAUGCCAGCAGACCUGCACAGCAGCUGGACCGGUAUGGGGAGGAUUGUCAAUAUUUGCCCACUUUGGCCUCUCCAGAGGAGGGGCCCCACUGAGGGUGCACAGCCAUAAAAGGUGUAACCAGCAGCACCUCGGGCUCACCAAACCCCGGAGCUGCCACCGCCAGAAUGAAGCUCCUCUCGCUGCUCCUCUUCUUCCUAGGACUGGCCCUUGUCAGCUGCAACUUGUUCCAGUUUGGAAUGAUGAUUAAGAAAAAGACUGGGAAAUCGCCGCUGGCCUACAACAGAUACGGCUGCUACUGUGGCUGGGGGGGAUCCAAACAGCCCCUGGAUGCCACCGACAGGUGCUGCCACGCCCACGACUGCUGCUACAAGAGAUUGGCAUCCUCCCACUGCAACGCCAAAAUUACCACCUACAAGUACUCCUUCCAAAACAACCAAAUAACCUGCGGAGCUGGGAAUUCGUGCCAAAAGAGCAGCUGUGCUUGUGACAAGGCAGCGGUGGACUGCUUCCACAGGGUAGCCAACACCUACCGCAAAUCCUACGACAAUUACCCCCAAUCCAAGUGCAAGGGCCGAACACCCUCCUGCUGAACACACCCUCCAGGCCGGGCCUCCAAACCUGACAGAAACCAUCGGAAUUGGGGCUGUUCUGCCUUCCCUGUGGCCAGGUAGGACAAGGCGCAGCCCUGCGGCACCGAAAAGGUGUCCAGCACCUUUCCUCAGAGCCUUGGCACAGGGAAAAACUGCUCCCCGUGGUUAAAUAACUCAUAAAAAUGAGGCAGACCCUGCAAAUAAAGAUACAUUUUUAAAAGAAA